CCCUCAGGAGGAACGAGCGAUCGACGCCCUGCCCCCGAAGGGCUGCCUGGGCCGGGCCCAGGAGGCGGGACGGAGCCGGGAAGGCAAAGCUUAACACCGAGGGCACUGCGGGGACUCCCGGUGCCUGUGGCCGCCGUCAUGUCGGGCUCUGAGCGGAGGAGGCCGGCGGGCCAUGUCCAGUUGGAUAGCAGACCUACAGCAGCCACCACAGAUGGAAAUCAGAACAUCACAGAAGUGGAUGCUCUCGAUAUAAGGCAAACACUUGAUCCUGCAGCACAAUACAAAAUGAACCAUCAGACAAGAGGAAUUGCCUUAAUCUUCAAUCAUGAGCACUUCUUUUGGCAUUUAAGGCUGCCAGAGAGACGUGGGACCCUGGCAGACAGAAACAACCUGAAACGCAGCUUGACAGACCUUGGAUUUGAAGUCAGACAUUUUGAUGAUCUGAAAGCAGAAGCUGUAAUGCAGAGAAUUUACGAAGCCUCCCAGAGUGACCACAGUGAUGCUGACUGCUUUGUGUGUGUGUUCCUGAGUCAUGGUGAGAAUGAUCACGUUUAUGCAUAUGAUGCCCAAAUCAAAAUUGAGACAAUCACAGACAUGUUCAGAGGAGACAAGUGCCCGAGUCUGGUAGGAAAACCGAAGAUAUUUAUCAUUCAGGCAUGUCGAGGUGAUAAACAUGAUGAUCCAGUUAUUGCUCAGGAUGCAAUAGAUGGAAGUGAGGAAUCCAAUGGCAAUGAGACUGAGGUGGAUGCAGCUGGUGUCUAUACCUUGCCUGCUGGUGCAGACUUCAUCAUGUGCUACUCUGUGGCCCAAGGUUACUUUUCUCAUCGUGAAACUGUGAAUGGCUCCUGGUACAUUCAAGACUUGUGUGAGACACUGAGGAAGCACGGAUCUUCCUUGGAGUUCACAGAACUUCUCACUGUUGUUAACAGGAAAGUAUCCCAUCGGAAGGUGGAUGUGUGCAGGGACAUCAAUGCUAUAGGAAAAAAACAGAUUCCCUGUUUUGCCUCAAUGUUAACUAAAAAACUGUAUUUUCAUCCAAAAUCUAAGUAGAUUGUUACUUAACAAUGACAGCUCUUCAUUAAUACCCACUGCAGAAGUGAAAAACCACAUCUAAGCUCAGAUUAAUAACUACAAGAUUAUUUGCAAAGAAUCUGGGAUCAAACAAUGUAGUUUGUAUACCUAAUAGUUUCUAAAAUCUUAAAGCAAUUUUAAAGGUCAGAUCAUCUCAGGGAAUUUGGGAGCUGACUGGUGCAAAAUUAUUAAAAGGUGCUUAGAUUUUAUGGGAUACUUUUUUUUGUUUCAAGUUUUUCCUUGAUUGCCAUCUAACCAUGGCACUCUUGACUAUUUCCAAACAUUUCAGAUGUUGGAUUAGAUGAGCUUUUCUUGCUCCAUGAGCAGUUUACAGGGAAUAUGUUUGUAGGGCAUCUUUUUUAUCCGUGGACAGCAGUAUCCACCUUCCUAUUUCGUGGAUUUUUAGCUUUUGACAUUUAUGUAUUUUCCCUCAACACUAAAAAGGAACUUAAUUCCUUAAGUACAGUUGUAGUAUUAAUAGAGACAAAGGGCUUUUUGCUUGCACACCAUUUAUGUUUGGGGCACAACUGAAGCCUGCUGGUGCUUUGUAUCCUCAGGAAAAAAACCAAGCAGUAGUGAAAUGAGACCAUGUACAGAUUGCUUAGUGGGACUUUGGGUAACCUCACCUGGUACCAAAUCUUUAAGGAUACAGAAGAUGAUUUCAAGCUUUCAGGCUCACCACUGCUGGACACCUCUAAGGCAGCUCUGCAAAAUACAACAUCUGCAAACCUUCCUACUUCAGGCUUUGGUGCUGAAUCUUCCUCUUCCUCCCCUUGGCUGAUCUCACAGAAAAGUGGCUGCAUUUUUCACCAUAGAACAUUUUAUUAUAGGAUUGUUUCUUCUUCAGCAUCAGCAGUUUCAGUGGUACUGACUAGAAGCAAAUCUUUUAUUGUUUUUUAUAUAACUGGUACAUAGGCUUAACUCUGGGGGACAAUGGAGAAUCUAUUCUGCCUGAAUCUGCUUUCUUGGGUAUAAAAUAACUGGUUUAUUGGCUCUGCUUUAGUUAAAUCUUUCCCUAUACUGAGUCACAGAUGUUAAAUCUUACUCUGGCUACUUUUAAGCAUUGUAUAAAUCAUGUACGUUUGAAUGUUUUGAUAAAUUCUUACAA